CGCAGCCACUGAACAAAAACAUAAACGUCAAAAUCGUCAUUUUCAUUAAAUUUCGCAAAAAGUGGUGUAAACGCUUCGAAAUUCAACAAAAAAAAAGUCCGUAGUAGUUUUUCGUUUCUUUUUUUACGUUUUUAAUAUAGUUAAUUAUAAAGUUAAGAAGAUCAUCAACCAGAUAAAUGGCUGCUGGAACAACACUUCAAAAAGCUAUCGAUUUGGUGACUAAAGCUACAGAGGAGGAUCGCAAUAAGAACUAUGCUGAAGCAUUACGCCUUUAUGAGCAUGGAGUGGAAUACUUUUUGCAUGCAAUCAAAUAUGAAGCUCAAGGAGAGAAGGCAAAGGAAUCGAUUCGGGCUAAAUGUCUUCAGUACUUAGAUCGUGCCGAGAAACUAAAGGAAUACCUUAAGAAGGGCAAAAAGCCCGUUAAGGAAGGUUUAUCUGCUUCAAAGGAAGACAAGGAUAAAAAGAGUGAUAGUGAUUCAGAUGGCGAAGAUCCGGAGAAAAAGAAGUUACAAAGCAAGUUGGAAGGUGCCAUUGUCAUUGAAAAACCCCAAGUCAAAUGGUCAGAUGUUGCCGGUCUGGAAGCAGCCAAAGAAGCUCUCAAGGAAGCUGUAAUUUUGCCCAUUAAAUUUCCACAUUUAUUCACUGGUAAAAGAAUACCAUGGAAAGGUAUCUUGCUCUUCGGUCCACCUGGUACUGGUAAAUCAUAUUUGGCUAAAGCUGUUGCCACCGAAGCAAAUAAUUCGACAUUCUUUUCGGUGUCGAGUUCUGAUUUAAUGUCAAAAUGGCUUGGUGAAUCUGAAAAGUUGGUCAAGAAUCUAUUCGAAUUAGCCCGCCAGCAUAAGCCAAGCAUUAUAUUUAUCGAUGAAGUUGAUUCAAUGUGUUCGGCACGUUCGGACAAUGAGAACGACAGUGUGAGGAGAAUUAAAACAGAAUUUUUGGUUCAAAUGCAAGGUGUUGGUAAUGAUACAGAUGGAAUUUUAGUUCUUGGAGCUACCAAUAUUCCUUGGGUAUUAGACUCAGCUAUUCGGAGGCGUUUUGAGAAGCGUAUUUACAUUCCGCUGCCAGAGGAUCAUGCUCGAUUGGUUAUGUUUAAAAUUCAUUUGGGUAAUACGACACAUGUGCUCACAGAAGAUGAUUUAAAAGUUCUUGCCAGCAAGACUGAUGGAUACUCAGGAGCGGAUAUAUCAAUUGUGGUUCGUGAUGCUCUAAUGGAACCUGUCCGAAAAGUUCAACAAGCUACUCAUUUUAAGAGGGUUAGAGGCCCAUCACCUCUUGAUAAAAAUCUUAUUGUUGACGAUUUGCUAACACCUUGCUCACCAGGUGAUCAAGGAGCAUUCGAAAUGGCAUGGAUGGAUGUCGAAAGUGAUAAAUUAUUUGAACCUCCCGUCACAAUGCGUGACAUGUUAAAAUCACUAUCUCGUACCAAACCAACCGUCAACGAAGAUGAUCUUAAGAAAUUAGAAAAGUUCACAGAAGACUUCGGUCAAGAAGGAUAGUUGGUUUUUCUCGUUUUGUUUGUUUAAUUAAAAAAAAAACAGUCCCUCUUAUUGACAACAAUUGUUAUCCAUAUAAAAAUAUCAAGAACAAAACAAAAAAAACUUUAUCGAAUUCAAAACAUUAAAAUUGUUACAAGAACUUUUUACAAUUAUACUUUGUCCACAUUUUAAUUUUGUCUUUUUUUUUCUUUUGUAUUCAAUUUUUAAAAAAUGUAGGUUUUUUUGUAUGAUAUCCACAUUAUAUGCCGAACCAUGCAAAGAUUUUUUUUUUAUUUUUUUAAGUUAAACAAGAAAGAAGAUAGCAUUGAUUUUUUUAAAAUUAAAUUGCAGCCUGUUUGUGAGCUUCAAAAUGAAAAACUUAUGUUAAAUUUAUGUAUUAAAUAACAAAAAGAAAAAUCACUUAAUUUUAAUAUAAAAAUAUAAUACAUUUAUCUAUUUUCGAAUUUA